GUGCCUGAAGCAGAAGUACCACACCAACCUGCCAGCCACCAGCGUUGUCAUCUGCUUUCAUAACGAAGCCUGGUCGGUGUUGCUGCGUACCAUCCACAGUGUCAUAGACAGAACUCCCCAGCACCUUCUUAGGGAGAUCAUUCUCGUCGACGACUUUUCUGACAUGGAUCACCUGAAAAAACCAUUAGAGGAUUACGUUGCAAAACUGGCCAAAGUCAAGAUUACACGCACAAAAGAGCGAGAGGGUCUCAUUAGAGCUCGCCUUGCAGGCUUCGCCAUCUCCACAGCAGAGGUGGUCACGUUCCUGGAUUCUCACUGCGAAUGCACUGAGGGAUGGUUGGAGCCUCUGCUGGAUCGAAUCGCUGCUAACGAGACGAACGUUGUGUGUCCAGUUAUUGACGUUAUAGAGGACGAUACACUCAAAUAUCAGUACAGUAACGCCAGAUCCACAAGCAUCGGAGGCUUCGACUGGAAUAUGCAGUUUUCCUGGCAUGCCAUACCUGAAUAUGAGCGCAAGCGAAGAACAAGUGAUGUUACACCUGUGAGGUCACCUACGAUGGCUGGAGGUCUGUUUGCCAUCAGUAGAAAAUAUUUUCAAAAAUUGGGAACCUACGAUGCCGGCAUGGACAUCUGGGGCGGAGAAAACUUGGAAUUAUCGUUUCGGGUCUGGAUGUGUGGAGGGACAUUGGAGAUUGUUCCUUGCUCUCACGUCGGACAUAUAUUCCGUAAACGCUCGCCAUAUAAAUGGAGGACAGGGGUGAAUGUCGUGAAGAAGAACACGAUACGUCUGGCCGAGGUUUGGAUGGAUAAUUAUAAGACGUAUUACUACGAGCGAUUCAAUUUCGAUUUGGGAGACUACGGAGAUGUAACUGCCAGAAAACAACUUCGGAAAAACCUGAACUGUAAACCUUUUUCUUGGUACAUCAAACAUGUGUACCCAGAUCUGUUUGUCCCCGGAGAAGCUACGGCGUCAGGGGAGAUUCGCAGUAAAGCCAGGCCAAUGUGCAUUGACAGCCCUUCAGAUCACCACAGUUACCAUAAACCAGUCAACAUGUGGCCAUGUCACAACCAAGGAGGAAAUCAGUACUGGAUGAUGAGCAAAGCAGGGGAGAUAAGAAGGGAUGAUGGAUGUUUGGACUAUGCUGGAGGAGAUAAUGUUAUUAUCUACCCUUGUCAUAGUCAGAAAGGCAAUCAAGAAUGGAAGUAUACAGAGGACAAUGCCUUACAACACUUGAACACCCAGAAAUGUGCAGAAGUAUCUUUAGAUGGGAAGAAUUUGACCAUGAGGAAAUGUUCAGGAAUUGAUCGUCAGAUUUGGCUAUGGAAGCGAAAAGAACCAGAUGGACAGAUAAAGAAUGAAGGAUUGUAG